AGCUCUAACAAUUUUUGUGCUGUGGAAAUCUGGGCCUAAACUUUUGACACAUGGGUUUUCAGCUUUGAGGUGUGGAGGUAUGUUAAGGAGAAAAUGAUAGUCACUUGUUUAUAUUUUCAUUGCUAUGGAAACCGUGUUGUAUCUUAUGGCUGACCGUAUAAGUAACAUUAAAUAAAAGAGAGAUCCUUAUGAUUUUUCACCAUUAUGCUUCAGAUUUGAUACUUUCUCCUUCAUUGCUGGAUUCUUUAAUUUUCAUAAACUUUUUUCCUUUUUGGGGUCAUGUAUAUCUUAAGAAAAUAAUUUUGCAUCCAAUCUUUAAUGUGCUUUUGUUUUUUAACUUCUUCACUCUCCCUAUGUUUAUAGUUUGAAUCUCUUUUUUUUUUCCAGCAGUAGCUCUUUAACAUUAUAAAUAAAAUCUCCUGCAAAUGCUAUCCAGUUGGACGAGAGGUUUGGUGAUUAACACAUAAAUAGUCAUAGGGCUAGUUUUUGCUAUCUUGUAGAGAAGAGUUGCUGAUUGUGAAACAAUGUCGAUAGAUAGAUAUUUUAUAAUCAUCUUUUUUUCUUGUUUAUCCAGUUCCCUGCCAUCCAAUUAUAUUCACCAUGAAUAUAACUAGGUAUUGGAUGACAUCUAACUUGUUGGGUCGGUAUUGUUGCAUUAAGUGCAGCCACCUGGCGGUGUAGUUGCAUUAUUAAAUGGUUAAUUUCCUAAUAAUACAUCUGGUCUGACAGUAUUGAAACUUGAUGACAGUGCCAUAUUAGUGACAUUUUCUCUGGUAGUUCUAUUGCAUGCCAGCCCUUGUUUAGAGGUGCCCAAAUUCUAUUUAAAGCUCAGUAGGCAGGUACAGUCAUCUCUCUCAAUCAUUGCAGUUUUGGCUUAAUGACGAAACAACUCUCCAGCAUCGGAAGUCCGAAAAGGAGAAAGGUAAACUCUCAUUACUAGUGAGGGAAAUGGCUGGACGAGUUGCUUCCUCUCAAGCCACCGACGCAUUUGAGUACAUGUUGCUUGAGGGAGACCCUGAUCAUCUUAGUACUGUUUUCUCUACCCCAAAUAGGAUAAGCCCAUGGAUUGAUCCAACUAUGCUGAAACUGAAGCAUCGAAUAGGGCGGGGUCCUUUUGGGGAUGUUUGGAUAGCAACUCAUCACCACCUCACUGAAGAUGAGAGUCGCUUUUAUGAAGUUGCUGUGAAGAUGUUAUAUCCUAUUAAAGAUGAUCAGCUCCAGGUUUUCUCGGCCAGGUUUGAUGAAAUAUUCUGCAAAUGCCAAGGGGUAGAGAGUGUUUGCUUUUUGCAUGGUAUAUCAAUCCAAAAUGGAAGGGUUUGCAUAGCAAUGAAAUUUUAUGAGGGAUCAGUUGGAGAUAAAAUGGCUCGUCUUAAAGGUGGAAGGCUACCACUAUCUGAUGCCUUAAGGUAUGGUUCUGAUUUGGCUCAGGGAGUAUUGGAUCUCCACUCUAAAGGAUUACUGGUCCUUAAUCUUAAGCCAUGCAACUUCCUUCUUGACGAAAAUGACCGUGCAGUUCUUGGAGAUUUUGGGGUUCCAUCUUUGCUUCUUGGGCUUUCACUGCCGAGCCCAGACCUGGUUCAUAGGCUCGGGACACCAAAUUACAUGGCUCCAGAACAAUGGAAACCUAAGAUUAGGGGUCCUAUAAGUUUCGAGACUGAUUCAUGGGGAUUUGGCUGCAGCAUUGUGGAGAUGUUGAGUGGUGUACAGCCUUGGCGCGGCAAGUCUCCUGAUGAAAUCUAUCAUUUGGUUGCGAUAAAGAAAGAAAGGCCAAACAUACCGAGCGGGUUACCUCGUGAGGUCGAAGAUGUUCUUGUCGGUUGCUUCGAGUAUGACUUGCGUAAUCGCCCUCAGAUGACCGAUAUAUUGCGUGCAUUUCAAAGCUGCAAAGAUGCAGAUCACAGCAACAAUAACUGGAGCGAUCCCGAAAGCCAGACAACAAACAACGUAAGCCGUGCAAGUUACACUGACUGGUCCCUCUUGAAGGACCGCUUUCAAGUGGGCGAUGUGGUCCGCUCAAGAAAGCCCAAGAACUCCUGCAGACCCGAAAGCAUGGAGAUCCCGGAAGGAACCAUAGUCGGCAUGGAAACUAAUAAUGAAAAUCGCGACAGCUUCAUUCUAGUUAGGGUCCAUGGAUUCCAUGACCCAUUGAGAGUCCACUCCUCAACAGUGGAAAGAGUAACUUAUGGUUUCUCCCCCGGUGACUGGGUAAGGCUAAAAGAAGAGGACAAGAAGAAAUCUCAAGUGGGUAUUCUUCACAGCAUCGAUCGUGAUGGUACGGUAGCAGUAGGUUUGAUUGGAAUGGAGACUCUUUGGAAAGGGCGCUAUUCGGAGCUUCAAAUGGCCAAAUCCUAUUGUGUUGGUCAGUUCUUGAGGAUUAAAGCUAGCAUAUCGAGCCCAAGGUUUGAGUGGCCGCGUAAAAGAGGCGGAGCUUGGGCCACAGGGAGGAUCUCGCAAAUACUCGCAAAUGGGUGCCUUGUGGUGAAAUUCCCCGGAAAGUUUACCCUUGGAGAAGAUUAUACCUUUUUAGCCGACCCUUCGGAGGUUGAGGUGGUGAGCUUCGAUACCUGCGAGGGUCUUGUGAAGAAGUACCAGCACCUUGAGGACUUCCACUGGGCCGUUAGGCCUUUGGUCAUUGCUCUAGGUUUGUUCACAGCAUUGAAAGUGGGAAUAUUUGUGGGGAAGAGCGUGGGGAGGUCGAAGAAAACGAGGAAGGUCGCGAACAUCUCUGAGCAUGGGGGUGAGCAGCAGCAGCAGCAGCAGCAGGAGGGGCAAAAGGGGGGAAAUGCGGCGUGGCUACCCCCGUCGGUGGCGAACGUGCUUUUCAGAGAAGGCGCGCCGCCUCCUAGUCGGUAAAUCUAUAACAAAGAAAAUUCUAGACUUUGCACUGUUGCUUAUAAACAUUAAGUACUCAGUGGAUGUGUAUAUAGCUGGGGGCUUAAAACCAUAGGGAUCUUCUCUUUUGGCUGUUUGUAUAUAAUACUUAACUUUAAAUAUUAACCGUUGCUUGUCGGGAAAAAAAAAAACUUAUUUUAAUUGAUCUUCUGGAAUCCCAAAUGCUGUCUGUCGUAUGUUUAUAUGGCUGAGGUGGCGUUAGGUAUAUGUUUUGGGUGCGCCAACGUCAAAAUGCUGGCCCGUGUGAGCCGGAACUCAGCAAGGUGUUUGGCGAUUAUAUCAGGUGGAAUGUGGUUUUGGCGAAAGCAUCCUGGGGAUUGCUUUUGCGAUCACAGUUCGUGCUCCCAAACAGCCCUUGGUAGUUCUUAAAUUUUUUUCUCUUAUGCGCUUGUAAGUUAUAUUCAGAGUUUUACGUGC